CCGGCGUGCCGUGCGCUCUGUUUGGGAUUUUGUCUGUUCGCUCGUCCGUUGGUCGUUCGCACGACGAACAACGACCUGAAGAGAGGCGUGCUCGAGAAAGAGAGAGAGAGAAGAGAAUCAGGUGUUCGCUUGCGAGGGGAAGAGGAAGAAGAAGAAUCGAUCGUGCCGUGUUUUCGUUUCUCCUCUCGUCGACGUGUGUAACCAACCGAUGUCUCGCGACGCGAUUUCUCACGCUUAACAACGACGUCCUUUUCCGGUUUUGAUCCUCUCUCCCUGGACUUGGCGCACACCACUCGCUCCCCCCCCCUCGUCUCAUCAGUGCGCCCUUCCCCGCCGUCGUCACCCCUGUGUCGCGGUUCUUGUCGUGUAUGGUUGAGAUCGCUUAACGCGGCGACACGCGACGCGACGCGAUGACGACCGAGAGCCCAAAGGUGGAGUUCGCCCUCGGCAGCGAGGUGUCACCCGGUCGCUUCUUCAAGAGCGCGUUCGCGCGGACCUUCACCAACGGCAACGGCAACGGCAACGGCGGUAGCUGCCGCGACUGCAAGUCCUUGGAUUACGAGUUGCUGCAUGACGCCGCGGCCGCCGUCGCGGUCGUCAGCCAGGACCUCGGCAACAACAACGCGCGCUUCUUCUCGUUGGCCGCGAGCUUCACGGACCAGCCGGCAAACGGCGCCGCGCGGAUCGCCUCUCGCCGAGACCCCAAGGAGGCGGCGCAAUCGACUUCGGACGCGAAUGAAUUGGAGAAACUUCGAAAGCAAUGCCAGCUGCUGAAGAAGGAGAAUCGCAGGCUGCAGAGUGCCUUCCUGCAAAACGGCUUCCUCCAGGCGCGGGUCGAUACGCUCCAAUGGCAGUUCAAGCAGGUCGAGUCGAAUCGGCAGAUGUACCGCUCCGUGAUGGAGCAGGUCGCCUACUUCUUGGACCGUGCCCACAAGAGCCUCGAGAUCCUCCACACCAAGGACUGUCCCAAGGACAAGAGACGCGUGCCGCGAAGUCGCAGCGUGCACGCGGUGGUGGUGCACGCUGAUCCCUCGCCGAGCCGCGUCUCGACGUCGUCGCCGUCGCCGUCCGGAUCCUCGCGGUUCACGCGAGCCAAGUCGGUCACGCAGAUGUCGCCGAGCGUCAGCAGCAUCCGCGACUUCACCUGGUCGGUCUUGCGCAAGAACGACCCGGUGUACUGCACGACGCCGCGCGCCAAGCCGUCGCAGGACCUCAACAAGUCCCACGACGGCGUCUAUCAAGAACCGAAGCAGUCCGAGCUCAACCCGGACGAGAUACCGCCGGAGAAGCUGUCGCAGGAGGCGUUCAGGUUGCUGAGGCUCGUCGAUUCCCUGUUGGCGACCCGAGAACCCGACCUGGCUAGGGUGACGCCGAUCGAGGACAACGGGUCCUCUCCUUCGCCGACGGAACGUCAUCACUACCACGACGUGUCCGCCUCCCUGCAGAGCGGCAACUUUGUGAACUCGACGAGCCUACAAGAGUCCAGCCACGUGGCUAUCGACCGCGGAAACGAGUCGAGUAUUGCCCAGGGCGACUCGGCCGGCUCAUGCUUCGUCAAGACUCCCGAAAUGAGCGCGAGUCUGCAGGCCACGCUGCCGCGCACGAGAAGAUCCCCGGAUGCUGCCUCCUGGAACUCCAGCAGCAGCAGCAAGGCGACCGAGGAGGAGGACACGGUCGCGGCGGCGUCUCCGAAACAGCUGGAGAAGAAGGAGCCGCCUUGCAAGGCCAAGAGCCCGGUCAGCGUGAGCAGCGCCGAGAGCGAGAGUGGUUUCUCCUCGAUAAGCUCGUUCCAGGAGGUCGGCCUGCCAUCGGCCUCGUCGAUCAGACCCAUCAAGGGCUGCCACACCGAGGUCGGCCUGCCGGAGGUGCCCUUGGACAAGACCAGGCACCGACGGUGGACCUCCACGCCGGCGGAGCUGCAGGCGCUCUACAAGCUGCUCUACAGCCAACAUCGGGGGAGCUUCGGCGGCACGCAAGCCACCAGCGAGUCCGUCAGCGUCUGCUGGGUCUGAGACGCGCGGGAUCCGCGCCGAAGGUCCCACCGCGAGGCCAUCGCCGAUGGGCUCGGCCGCGGAUCGGCGGAUCCACAUCCGCGAAGAACGCGGACUGACGGAUACUCCCGGAGACGAUAGGGCUUUCUUAGCGCGCCCAGUGUGUGUGAGAGAGAGAGAGAGAGAGAGAGAGAGAGAGAGAGAGAGAGAAUGGUGAAUUUGUAAAUAAUUUCCUACAUGCACACGCGCGCGCUCACGUGCGCUCAGCCGUCGGUCUCGUCACUCGUGUCGAUGAGAGUUACGAGAGAAAAGCCGCAGUACUGAUUCGCAGAGAUCGACAGCGACCGGCCGGUCGCUCGUUCCUCCCGCUCCCGCGGGAGACGUUUACUCUAGUAAUAUUAGGAUUGUAAGUCAUGAUAUCUAAAAGUUGCUACAUACGUUAGUAUCGGUAGUUUCGAAUAGUGUACGAGUGUGUGAAAAUAACUGCCUCGGCGAGCAGGUCCGAGCGGGAGUCGAGAGAGUAACGCGCGGAAGCAUCUCGCGGAAGCAGCGCCUGGACGAGUCCCGCGUCCUGCUUCGUCCUAGCUUCGACGAGGAAGACCCGGCUUCCUCGCCGAGUCCUCCCUCCGCGGAGGGACUGCCUCUUCGUGCACGUUCACGUGUGACCUGGACGUGUGCACGAGCCUCGGAACGUCGUUCCAUCGCUAUACGGAGUGACGACAGCGUGCAUCCCGGGUUGUCUUCUUCUUGACAUUCUCGCGCGAGGAUGAAGAUUACGCGCGAGAAUGCGCCAGAUAAUGAUGAACGAGGAGACGCGUCGGAGGGGUGUGAACGUCGUCACCCGGCUGCGGAGAACGGAAGACGAGUAUGCUUUCACGAUGUUGCGCUAUCAGCCAUAUCACACCGAGUAGUUUCGCGCCAAUCUCAUAUCGGUGUCGACGAAACUCGUCGCGAGCGAUGCAUGCAAACACACACACACACACACACACACAUAUACACGCGCGCGCGCGCGCGAUUCGCGAGCCGAUCGGUCUCGAUACAAGACGCUCGGGUUCAACACUUCUCCUUCUUCACACUUUGAUCGCGAAUGAAAGACGCGAUGCGAUGGGAGAAUUUGGAUUCUCGAAGAAAUCACAAGAGGCAAGUGCUCUCAUGAGACAUCGACUAUGUUGCAGACACUAUAUCGAAGGAAAAGUGUUCAAACCGAGCACAGACUCACGCUCACAUUCGAUUUUAGCGUGGCUUCGACACUUUUUCCUUCUUCGAUAUAGGCUGAAACGCAGCCGGCGGAAGGAUUUGGUUCCGAGCGAUCGCCGGAAAUCUCGUCCAAUGAGAAUACUUAAUUUUUGCGAAUUAAUUGGUGCGCUGGAGAAAAAUAUCCGAAAUAUCCGAUUGUCAAUUUCGUUAUCCGAUCAAAUGUGUUUCCGGUGUGUUUUAAUCGGAUAUUUGAUCGGAUAACAAAAUUAACAAUCGGAUAUUUCUGAUACUUUUCUCCGUGUGAAAAACAAAUUCCCUCAUUUAUUGCAACAGCGACUGAUCGCGAAGGGGAGAAUUUUGAACGGAUUUUCAUCAAUAUGGAAUCAAUUUUGUACAAUUCGCAGGAGCUAAGCUCGCUCGCUGGGCGUCGACUGCGUUCCCAACUGCGUCGAAGGAAGUGUUCGAACCGUGUCGAAAGCGAGUAACAUGUACACACACACACACACACACACACACACAGUGCAGUUUUGUCCGUUCAUUGAAAAAUCGCGGGCGGCUCGGCGAGACUACCUAGCUGGACGUCGCCGAGCGCAGCUCGCGAUCGACGAUCGCUCCCGUUUCAUCGACUCCGCUUUAAUUAUUCGUAUCUCAUAUAUCGUUAUUACGCACCAGGCGAAUGAUUAGUCACUAAACAAUGAAUGAUGUGUUUUCGGCUUGGAGUGAAUCCUCAGACCGUUUCUGAAUUGUACGACGAAAGUAAUUCGCUGCUUGCGUCGGCCCCGCGAGACUCUAGUUUAAGUUUUAGCGUAAUUCGAUCAGAUGCCUAUCGACUCCGAUUUGGGAGGGAGCGAGACGUCGAGAUCCGAACGAUGAUGAAUCCUGCUCUUUGUCUCUUUUUCUUCUAAGUUCUCAAAGUUACAUACUAUCGCGUGUUGAAAGAGAGGCAGAGAGGACGAACAGACAUCGAAUCGACGAGUUGGAGCCAACCGCGGAUUCAUUCUUUUCAGCACGUUUCCACUGUUUCGCGAUUCCCUCGCGCGCGCUUGUACUUAACACGAUCGCCAUCGCGGUCCAUUUGAUGAACUUAUCCCAAAUUCUUUUCUCCUAUGUAAUUGUGUGGAGCAAACCUAGCUUGCUCAUGUGAACAUAGGGAGAGAUAAAAUUCAUCACACAUACGUGACGCUGGUCUCUUAUGAGAGACCACCGCAUCUGUGUGACGUUGCCGACGGCGAACGUGUUAACGCCGACACGCUGCCAAGUAUUCGGAUAUAUCGGAUCUCUCGGCUGCGCGUCCGAGAUCGGUUCGAAUCCGAAAAGUGAAAACCGCACUGCUCGCACCAUUCGGAUGAGCCAGGAUAUUCGGAUACAGGAGACGAAAACUGGAAUCGAGAUCCGAGUCCAAAGUCGAACUCGGAUCCGAUCGAGAGGUCAGGUGAAGCCGUUAAAUUGCCGUUAAUUGCUGUUGAGAGAAGGCAUUUAUUGGCUGUCACAGUUUCGAGGGAAAUCCAGGUUGCCGGGAGACGUGUCUGCGUUGGCUGCGAAUUUCGACGCUUCCGAAACCGUUCGUGUGUCUUGGAAAAUCCGAAAAUCUUCAGCGUCGCCCGGAUAAUCGAAUGUCCGAACAGCGUUGAAUCCGAAACAUUUGAUGUCGAUGUCGCUCCCCCCCCCCCGCCGCGGGGCUUCAGAUUUGUGCUUGAACCAUCGAUCGAUCGCGUGCCCGCAUGUGUUACCAUUGUGAUAGUUGACUCGUUCGUUCGGUUUCGCGACGGCGCGACGUCCGAUUAUCGGCGAAUUCACCGGAUAUCAACAGGCGAAGUCACUCGCAAUUCCCGGAAACUCGCGCGGAGGGCAACGCGCGCCCCUUAAACGCGACGAGCUGGCGCGACCUGAGACCUUGUACUUCUUCUCGAAACUCGCGAUGUAUCUGUAUAUUUCUCAUCGUGCGUAAUUUCUCAUUUGUCAUUCGUAACUGUAUAAUACAGCUGAACACCGUACAAAAAGCGCCACGGGGUCUCCGUGUUUUGCAUCUUUCACUUUCCCCUUCACCUUCGCGCUCCUCCGUCUCGUUGUAUCACCUCGAAAGAGAGACUAUCUAC